CGGAGGGACGGAAGAACGGCGGAGUGCGACAAGGGAGUAGCGCUGGAGGAGCUUUACCCUCUUAUUACCGUGGUAUUACCGUAGUAUUACAACACUGUUAUGGUGCGGCGUUGAUGCGGGACAGACAGCGCAAAGUAAACCGCGUCCAUCGCGAGCCGAGCGAGCACGAGCCGGAGGAGCUGUGUGGUUCUGAGCGAUUGCAGCGGCCGCCGUCCCGUCAGGAGAGAUACUAGCGGUUCGAGCGGGACUCGAGUGUAGCAGUGUGUUUCAGGGGGAGCGCGGUGCCCGUGGGGGGUGUGCUGGAGCCCGAGGGCGUCGUCAGGGGUGCGGUUCUUUGCCCAGGUCUUCAUCAGUCACGUGAGAGAUGUUGGAGGAACAGGCAGCAAUACGUGAGGAAACAUCUGUAGCUGCAGGCAGAAGGAGAGCAAGACCUGGAGAGCUUGUCUGACCUUCAAUCCAGACUGAUGACCAUCAAGGAUCUCAUUCUGGGUGAAGCGUACAGACGGCUGGUCGCAGGUUGACAGUUCCAGAGUUUUUUUUAACACAGAAGGUAGGAGGGAGACAGGCCUGUAGUUCUGAACUCAGUCUGGAUCCAGAGAGGGUUUCUUGAAGAGUGCUGAGAUGUGCUCUACAGGAGAGUAGAGUGAACAUGGUACAGGUGCCAGGCGCUCUGUCUCUGAAGAUGAACAAGGGCAGAGGUGUCUUUCAGCGUAGACAUGAGAUCCAGAAAACGAGGCAAGUGCGCACUCACGCACACACACACAGCUGUGCCCAUCACUGUGUCAGACAGUGUGACGCAGCGGAACACAGAUGAGCUUUGCCACACACUGGUCACAUGGGGUCACAUAGUGCACUGCAGCAAAAGGCUGCUUGCACAAGUGCUUCUCUGUGGAAAAUGUUUCCUGUCUGACUCUGUGUUUCUGUCUGUCUGUGUGUGUGUGGUGUCCAUGUCCUUCAGACUGACGUCUGACCUUUAACUGGUCCAUCCCAGCAUGCACAGCACUGCCAGAGCCUCCCUCUCGCUGGGCUCCCUGGGGCUCUUGCGCCUCUUCUCCGUGCCCUGGUCCUGGAGCCUGGCGGCCAGCCUCGGGGUCUACUUGGGCACCGGGGGGUGGAGGUACCUGUACGUGGCGGCACGCACUGCCAGGAGAGACCUCAAUGGCUUGUAUGUGCUACUGCGAGUGAAGCUCGCCCUCCGCUGGCACGUGCGCAACAGGAGCACCAUCCCUUCCAUCUUUGCACAGACCGUGGCGAUGCACCCAGACAAGGCGGCGCUCGUGUACGAGGCCACGGGCGAGACGUGGAGCUUUUCCCAGCUCGACCGGCUCUCAGACGCUGUAGCCCACUGGGCCCUGGCCCAGGGCUGGGCCUCCGGGGACAUCGUAGCCCUCUUUAUGGAGAGCAGACCCCUGCUGGUGGCACUGUGGCUCGGGCUGGCCAAGGUGGGCGUGGAGGCGGCACUCAUCAACUUCAACCUGCGGCGCGAUUCGCUGACACACUGCAUGGGCGUGUCUGGCGCACGCGGCAUCGUGUUCGGGGCGGAGCUGGCCGACGCCAUGGAGGAGGUGAGCGAAUCCUUAGGCCAGUCCAUGGUGCGUUUCUGUGCUGGGGAGCUGAGCCCGGAGCGCCUGGCCUCCCUCGCUGCCCACCCCCUAGACCAGCUGCUGGGCUCUGCCCCUCAGGGCCCUCUCUCUCGCACCUGCAACAAGGGCUUCAACGACAGGCUCUUCUACAUCUACACGUCUGGCACCACCGGACUGCCCAAGGCUGCCAUUGUAGUGCACAGCCGGUAUUACCGCAUUGCAGCGUUUGGGUAUUAUGCCUUCCGCAUUCGCCCUGAUGACAUCAUCUAUGACUGCCUGCCGCUGUACCAUUCAGCAGGGAACAUCAUGGGUGUGGGCCAGUGUCUCCUCUAUGGCCUCACGGUGGUGGUGAAGAAGAAGUUCUCCGCCAGUCGCUUCUGGGAAGACUGUAUUAAGUACAACUGCACGGUGGUGCAGUACAUCGGAGAGAUCUGUCGAUACCUCCUGUCGCAACCCGUGCGUCCCUCUGAGACGCAGCACCAGGUUCGACUGGCUGUGGGCAAUGGGCUCCGCCCCAGCGUCUGGGAGGCGUUCAUGCAGCGCUUCCGGGUCGCACAGAUCGGGGAGUUCUACGGAGCCACAGAGUGCAACUGCAGCAUUGCCAACAUGGAUGGCAAGGUGGGGGCAUGUGGGUUCAACAGCCGCAUCCUGCCAGGUGUGUACCCCAUCCAGCUGGUCCAAGUGGACGAGGAAAGCAUGGAGCUGGUGAGGGACCGCCACGGCCUCUGUGUGCCCUGCCGCCCAGGUGAGCCAGGCCUUCUGGUAGGCAGGAUCAAUCAGCAGGACCCACUGCGGCGCUUCGAUGGUUACGCCAGCAAGGACGCCACCAAGAAGAAGAUCGUUCACGACGUCUUCAGAAAGGGAGACUCUGCGUAUCUUUCAGGAGAUGUGCUGGUCAUGGACGAGCUGGGCUACAUGUUUUUCCGGGACCGCAGCGGGGACACAUUCCGCUGGAGGGGCGAAAAUGUCUCCACCACAGAGGUGGAGGGCACCCUGAGUUCCCUGCUGGGCCAGACCGACGUGGCCGUGUACGGCGUAUCUGUACCAGGGGUGGAGGGGAAGGCCGGCAUGGCAGCCAUAGCUGACCGCACGGGCCACUUUGACUGCGGGACCUUCUUACGGGAGGUGCAGCGCGCUCUGCCCCCGUACGCACGCCCUGUCUUCCUGCGCAUCUCCACCCACGUGGACACGACAGGCACCUUUAAAAUCCAGAAGACUCGCCUACAGAGGGAGGGAUUCGACCCGCGCCACUCCACCGACCAGAUCUACUUCCUGAACCCGCGGGCAGGCCGUUAUGAGGGUGUGACCGAGGAGCUCUACAGCUCCAUAGUGGAGGGCAGAAUGUCUCUAUGAGAUGGGCUGGUCAUCAGCCUUGUUAGUUCACCAGCAAGGAAGCGUGGGAUUGAUUUGUACGGAAGGGCUAAGAGUCAACAGCACACACAUUACUGUCAUAGUUGUGAUUGCGAUUAUUCAUAGUCAUUUUUAUCUCGAGUAGGAAACAAGUUGUCUCGCGAGAGAGAAUGUUGAGCCAUACAAGGCCGAAUGAGCAGCUGUUUACACUGGACAAACCAUUUUCGCUGAAUUUCUACCAUGGUUUCACUGUAGGUAAAAGUGGAACCGCUCUGUUGUGGAACAGUGUUGAUGGGAAGCAAGGACCUCCACAGAGGAGUAGGAAAGGCUCGAUCUCUCCACAUCUGUCACUUACCUCUCUUUUUGUCACACUAAAUGCAAACACUAAAAAGCAAACCUGGACAUCUAACCAAAACUAAUGGAUGAAUCCAUGGUGUCUGGCCAUGCUUUGGACAGCAAUGUCCAGUGAGAGCUGCUGACACUUUUAUUUACAAACACUGUUACGUUGAAACUUUACAAACACUUGAGUUGGAGCUUCAGGUCUGGUCUAGAAAGACCUACAGGGAGUGGAUGAAAUAUUGGAAACACUAACUUGACUGUCAAGUGGCUAGUAAGGAGCAGAAAAAUCUUCUAGGAAUACCUUCAUGCCUUUUUUCAAGAGUUCCAUUCUUCCAGAGGGAAAUCCUCCAGUUCAUUGAAAGAUGACAGGGAUGGAAUUCUGCAUGCUGUACUCUCCUCAACUUCCUGCAGUGACCCUGGACUUCUUUCAGAAGUUGCAAAGGGAUGUCUUCACAUGCAAGUUCCAUUGUUCCAGAAGGAAAGCCUCCAGUUCACUGAUCUACACUCCUGAAUUUCCCAUAACAUACCUUGCAGUUAAAGGUCUGGUUGAGGGUGGCAGGACCCCGAGCACCAUCGCUCAUUCAGAAUUCUGAUCUAACAUCUGUUAGAGCAUCCGCUCCUGGCACAGUGGGUAACGCCUGACUUGUGUAACAGUGUCCAGGUGGAUCCCCGUUUGAGGCACUAAGAGUGCAUUGGGCCGAUGUGUUCCACCCAGAAUUAACACUUGUUCAGGACUUGACUUACUCACAGGAUAGUGCUUAACCAUUUCCAUACCACACUUCUCAUAACGUUUUGAUUUUUAGACUUGGUGAUUGAGGAACUCGUGGAUGGCAUUUGGCUUCAUCUUAGUGUUUGUACAAGCUUUUCUCAGUCAUUUUGGCAGUGUGCGGUCACCUUCAUCACAUCACAAGGAAGUGUUUGCAAUGUAGAGUGCAGCUGGUCACCUGAAAUAGCCCUAUAUUCUUUGACCAUGCAGCACAAUCAGUAGAGCCAGUGACUUCCAGAAGAUGUGUACCCAUGUCCCCACUGCACCAUCACCAUAUUUAACAGUUGGCAACUAUGUGUGGGUUGAAGGCAUCGGAUGAGUCUCUUCAAACUUGACAUCACUUAGAAAUUGUAGAAAUAGCAGAACACAUCAUACUGAUUUUUCCGGCUGCUCAGGGGUCCUGGCUUUGUGCUCUUUACUCCAGGUUGUGUGUUUUUACACAGUGCCCUCUGAUACACACAUCACCUGAAAGGCAGACCUACCACACACUGCUUGUGAAGUUUGCUACACAGGUUGUGUGUUUAGUGUCUCAUUGUUGGUGAGAUUCUACUUGUGCCCAUUGUUCCUCUUCCCAGUGUUUUUAAUUUUUAGGCAAAUGUGACUAUAUUUUGGACUACUUGGCUUCUUUUGAGCCUUUGUCAUGUUUCUAUAAGAAGCACAAAAUGUGCUAAUUUCCAGACCUCAUAACUGUCACAUAUUAAUAAUGUUGAAUUUACUAUGGCACUUGUGCAGCUGCCUUUGUAAAUGUGCUUUAGUUAAUAUGGUGUCCAAGUCUUCCUUGAAGUGUUUCUUAUGUUCCAUUCACCCUUGACCUUGAGCAAGGUGAUGUGAACGGGAUUGGUCUCCCUGAACAAACAUGAAAGAGAAUUUAAGCACAAAGUGUCACAUGUGAAGGUCUUUCAGACUGGUCUUCAAAACCCAAGGUCAAAUCCUGGUUGCUCCAUGAGCAACUUAUAAGGGCCUAACUUCAGGAGCUGAAAUAUCGUGUGGGUUCAGGGGGAUGACAUGUGGAUAUGGAGGCAACUGUAGUUCCACGUACUAACCAACCAGUUUAUGGACCCUUCACUUACAGUCCUUAUUGAUGGACAAGGAAAGAACAGGAGGGUAGCUAAGUAGCCAAAGAGCUAGUCAAUGUAUUCAAUAUGCAGCCUGUUUUGCUAUGGUCUGGUCAGUCUGCUGUGUCUGCAGCAGUAAGUUGGUACUAUUUAAAUGAACGCUUAUGGUUUCCCUGCAGAUUUACUGCAGAGGAGCCAGACCGUUCCAUUUUUUCCAUCUUCUCAGUCUUCUUAUGUCUCCACAACUGAGUUUUCUGUCUGCCUUCAGAAUGAUUGUGGAAGCCUAAAGUUCUCAGUGUCAUGAAAGUAGAUGUUGGAUGUAAUCAUGUUGAGGAAAAGAAAGGCUUUCCCAUUCUUUCUUCGCGGAGAAGUACGGCAGUGGAACUGAGGACUGCGGCAUAAGGACAACACCAAGAGAACUGCAGAAGACCCUUAACCGAUCAGCAAUCAGGGCCAGAAUUGAGCUGAAAGCCAACAGCCGAUCUGCCAGUGUGCCUUUGAAGUACAAAAAGAACCAGGUGCCUUCAGUGGACCAGGAAGUGCCUAGCUGAUGGGGCCUGUCAGUGACUGUCUAGGAGUGAAGAACGUUCUGGAGUUGUGGCCAUGUUCAUGCUCGCUGUGAGUUCCCAUGGGCAAAGUGAGUGCCGACUGCAUGGUUUCUGGAAGGAAACGACUUGUGUCACUUCGAACAAAGGAAAAUCCAGCUCUUUUCUUGGAGCCUCCUUGGUCAUGGAGGGGUGAUGCAGUGAUUAAGACGAUGUGAAUAAAUGUCUUGAUGGGUUUCUGUCGUCCAUUCCUUUUGUUUGGCUUGAAGGGAAAAUUGGGGCUGCUUUUUGUGGACGCACUUUGAAUAGAACUUCGUAAACGACUUGCACUUACAAAGACGGUCGUGAUUUAGGAGGACGUGGUCAGUGUGGUCUGUCUUGUUCUGGCGAAACUGAAGUAAAAACAAAAUGUGUACCUGUGUUUACCAGAAUGCGUUUUACAGAAAUUUCCAUUGAUGAGCACAUUUUUCACUGACUUUCACGUGCACCGUUCUCACCGUAGCCAACAGAAAGAGCUAGAACAGGAUGAGCAGCAACCACACGAGGGCCUUCUGUCCCGCUAACCUGGUAGCCAUCAGGCCAGUUGUCGUGUUUGUUCUUUGU